UAAGCGUCGCCUCACGAGCCGGGUGUACCGCGGACUUGCCAUCCUCCAAGACGCAUGGUCAAUAUCACAACGCUGGCGCGCUGCAAAGACAGACAGACAGACGCUAGCAAAGGCCCAACCAUGCAAGCCCAGCAGCUCCUGAAUCAGCUGCGCUUCCCCGAGCUGGAUGAGGUGCGGCAGUACCUGCGCAGCCUGUCCACACACACGUUGGUGGGUGUGGGGGCAUUUGCUGCUCUCACAACCUACUGGUACACCACCCGGCCCAAGGCCCUGAAGCCACCAUGCGACCUGAAAAUGCAGUCCGUCGAGGUUCCGGGAGGAGAGUAUGCCCGUCGGUCAGCGCUGUUGGACAGCGACAAACACUUGACCCACCUGUACAACGACGCCAAGACCAUGUAUGAGUUCUUCCUCAGGGGCGCACGGGUCUCCAACAAUGGUCCCUGUCUUGGAGCAAGACAACCAAGCCAGUCCUAUGAGUGGCUGUCAUACUCCGAGGUAGCAGAGAAGGCAGAGAACCUGGGCUCAGCGCUGCUCCACAGGGGACACACUAAAACCAAAGACCAGUUCAUUGGCAUCUUCGCUCAGAACCGACCAGAGUGGACCAUCGCUGAGCUGGCCUGCUAUACCUUCUCCCUGGUGGCUGUGCCCCUGUAUGACACUCUGGGCACUGAGGCCAUCGCCUAUGUCAUCGACAAGGCCAACAUUUCCAGCAUACUGUGUGACGUCCCUGAGAAGGCCAGGCUGGUCCUGGAGUGCGUCUCUGGCAGGGAGCACAGUGUCAGAACCAUCAUCCUCAUGGAGCCCUUUGAUGAUGAGCUGGUGGCCAAGGGGAAGGACUGUGGCAUCGACAUUCUCAGCCUGAGCCAAGUGGAGGCUAUCGGCAAGGCCCACCACCACCAACCAGUUCCUCCCAGUCCUGAAGACAUGGCUGUUGUCUGCUUCACCAGUGGAACCACAGGGAACCCAAAGGGAGCCAUGCUGACACAUGGGAAUGUUGCUUCCAACUGCUCUGCCUUCAUCAAAGUCAUUGAGGAUCACCUCAUAUUAGACCACCACGAUGUUCAUAUAUCCUACCUGCCCCUUGCUCAUAUGUUCGAGAGAGUUGUAGAGGGAGUCAUUCUGGUGCAUGGGGGGAGGAUUGGUUUCUUCCAGGGAGACAUCCGCCUGCUGAUGGAUGACCUCACCACCCUGAGGCCUACAGUGUUUCCUGUGGUGCCACGCCUCCUCAACAGGAUGUUCGACAAGAUCUAUGGGCAGGCUAACACCUCUCUGAAGAGGUGGGUGCUGGACUUUGCCUUUAAAAGGAAAGAGGCUGAGCUGCUGAGUGGCAUCAUUAGGAGGGACAGCAUCUGGGACAAACUCAUCUUUAGGAAAGUGCAGGCCAGUCUGGGAGGACGGGUGCGUCUGAUGAUAACAGGUGCUGCCCCCGUGUCUGCCACGGUGCUGACGUUCCUGCGAGCCGCGCUGGGCUGCCAAUUGUAUGAGGGGUAUGGACAGACUGAAUGCACAGCGGGCUGCACAAUGACAGUACCAGGGGAUUGGACAGCAGGUCAUGUUGGAGCGCCCCUGCCAUGUAACUCGGUGAAGCUGGUGGAUGUGGCUGAGAUGAACUACCUUGCUGCCAAUGGAGAGGGAGAGGUGUGUGUGAAAGGAGCUAACGUGUUUCUGGGCUACUUGAAGGACCCAGAGAAGACGGAGGAGACCAUUGAUGCUAACGGCUGGGUCCACACAGGGGACAUUGGCAAGUGGUUACCGAACGGCACUUUGAGAAUUGUGGACAGGAAGAAGCACAUCUUCAAGCUGGCCCAGGGAGAGUACAUUGCACCAGAGAAGAUAGAGAAUAUCUACACCAGGAGUGACGCAGUGGCCCAGGUCUUUGUGCAUGGGGACAGCCUACAGGCAUGCCUAGUAGCCAUCAUUGUGCCAGAUCCUGACUUCCUUCCUGGCUGGGCCAAGAAGAGAGGACUGGAGGGAUCCUACGGAGACCUAUGCAACAACAUGGAUGUAAAGAAGGCCAUCUUGGAAGACAUCUUGAAACUAGGAAUAGACAGUGGUCUGAAAUCUUUUGAGCAGGUGAAGGACAUCACCCUGUUCACAGAGAUGUUCUCUAUCCAAAAUGGACUUCUCACUCCCACCCUGAAAGCCAAGAGAGCAGAACUCAGGAACUACUUCAGGGAGCAGAUUGACAAACUGUACUCCAAGAUCAAGAUGUGAACAGUGGGAGGACGGAAGGUAGGGUGUAACCAGAGCUGGUAGAAGAGGUCUUCUAUGAAACUGAUUGAGGACAUGUCUGUGAGGCCUGGUCUAUGGAUACACUUUACCCUGUAUGACCAGUUGCUCUCUGUCUGAAUAGGAACAAAACACAAUAGGACCAUUAGGGAAGAAUAAACUGUUCUUGAUGUCACUCUCAACUGUCAGUAAAUGAUACCACAUAGCAUCAGUACUGUAAAUAAUACCAUAUACUGGUAUAUAGCAACUGUCAGUAAAUGAUACCAUACCUCAUUAGUCUUCUCGUGUACAGAACAAACGACACACCCGGCUCUCAUUUUUCAGGGCUUCCUUUUCCAAAGCUGGUCUAUCUUGCUACUAGUUGAGUAUUGUGAGCAUGUCAGUCAUCUUCGUUGUCAAUUGGUGAUGUUCAAUAGGUCAAGUGAAUGAGGUACCAGUAAACCACCACCGUCCAGUGCCAUCAUGUAUAUUACUAAUCAAAUCACGUUUUACAUGCGUCAAAUACAACAGGUGUAGGUAGAUCUUACUGUGAAAUGCUUACUUAAGAGCCCUUAACCAAUGAUGCCAAGUUUUUUUUUUUAAGUAUGAAAACUUUGCUAAAUAAACUAAAGGAAAAAUAGUAACACAAUAAAAAAUAACAAUAACAAGGCUAAAUACAAGGUCAAGAGUCAAUGUGUAUGGGUACAGGGUUAGUCGAGGUAAUUAAGGUAAUCGGUACGUUUAGGUAGGGGUAAAGUGCCUAUGCAUAGAUAAUAAACAGAAUAGCAGCAGCACUUGUGUGCAUGUGGUGUCUGUGUGUGUGUGUGUGUGGGUGUGUGUGUGUGUGUGUGUGGUUAGAGUCUAGUGAGUGUACAUGGAGCCUGUGCAAGAGAGUCAGUGCAAAAAAUAGUAAUAAAUAAGGGGGUCAAUGCAUAUCGUCCGGGUAGUCAUUUGAUUUAACUGUUUAGCAGUCUUAUGGCUUGGGGGUAGGAGCUGUUAAGGAGUCUUUAGGUCCCAGACUUGGCGCUCCAGUAUCGCUGGCCGUGCGGUAGCAGAGAUAUGUCUAUGACUUGGGUGGCUGAAGUCUUUGGCAAUUUUUAGGGCCUUAGAUAUAUAUAUAUAUAUAUAUAUAUAUAUAUAUAUAUAUAUAUAUAUAUAUAUAUUCUGCAAACAUACAAUGUAUUCCAACGAAGACUUUUGGAUGUUAUCAUAGGCUUUAAGGGAUGGUGAAACCGUGUAAAGGGGAAAUAUAUCUUAGGAUACAUGCCUACCUGUAGAAAAUCUACCACUCUAUAGGGCUGGGUAACCCCAAUAGCCGGCCCGACAAGUUUUCUGAGCAAACAAAUACACAUUUCCACAAUUUUAUUUUUGGGAGUGGGGUGGGGGGCAGAAUCAUCUCCAAAGUUUAGAAAAAUUUAGAAAAGCUGUUUCAAAGUAUUACCAUGAAUAAAUAUGUGCUCAUAUUCCAAUGUAAUCAAGGGUUGAAAUGAUUGUUUUUGUCUGUUUCGGAUUCUUCCAGUCAAUUUGCAUUUUACAAAUUAUUUGUAAUUAUGUUCUGGCACCCCAACCAUCCGCUCAAGAAACAAAUUGGCAUGUGGAUGAAUGUAAUUAGAGACCCCUGCUAUAGGGUAAUGAUUUGUAUUGCAUAAUAAAUAAUUUCAGGAAUGUUUUUUUCAGGUUAAGAUGUAUCAAUACAUGAAUGUGUGUAAUCCUAAGGAGUGUUUUUUUUAUGGACUCCUGCAACUAUUGCAGAAUGAAGCAUCAGCAUCAAAUGAAGUAGUGGUUUGUGCUGAGUUCUCAGGCAUCUCCUCCUUUUUGUACUGCAACUCUCAGGGCUACAUGUUCUCACUUUCCAGAACACCCUCCAACACAAACACCUAAACACUAAAGCCUAAAUGUGAUUUUUUUUUUCUUUCUUAGAUAUAUAUAGAUAUUUAUCUAUAUAGGGGAUGUGUUUUUGUUUGCAUAGUUCUUCAGUGGUUCAAUGAUGUGAAAGCUUGAGAUCGAGAACCUACAUGAUUGUAAAAAUGUUCAAUGUAAUCUUGGGAAGGACUAUAGCAUCCUAUUCAUUUCAUUCAACACCAUUACUUUAGAUGCAUUUGCAUUUAGACUUUCUACAGACAAUCUUUGUAAGUUAUACAAUAUGUGUAAAUUAUUUGUGUGGGGUAAAAGUCAUUCAAAUUAAUUAUUUUAUUGAAUUGUUAGCUGUUUUUAUUAGGUUGUGGUGUUAUUUGAUUCAUGUGCACAACUUGUUUCACAUGUGUUAUCAGAUGGUAUGUGAUUUACAGUUUUCAAUCAAUUUGGCACAUUUCUUAGAUGUAAGUGGUCUAUUUUCAAAACUCAAACUGAUAACACUUGUAAUGCCACCUAUCUUAUGUUUAGAACCUUUGAUUUUGCAUUCAUUGGGGUUUCACACAUCUUUCACCACUGACUCAUUUAUGCUAAAUCAAAGUUUUCCAUUAAAUAGUAUGAGCACAUUUAGUUUAGUCCCCAAUACAUCAGAUAAUGUUAUACUCACAAUUUAAUCAUUUGAACUACCAUUUAAUCAAAUGGCAAAAAAUACAAGAUACACAUUUCUAGUUUUAACCAGUUAUCAAACUAUAUAUGUUAACUACACAUUUUUGGUUCAGUAGUUUGUGAUUGUUUGUUAACGAAUGACAAAAAAAUAAUAUCAAAAGUGAAUAUUGCAUUUUGAAAGCAGAUGCAUAGAUUGAAUAUGUAUCUGAAUUGAGUGAUUUGGUGCAGUGAACUUGUGAUUUUGGUUAUGUUUAUUCUACUCAGUCAGUUGAAAGUGUUCUUAGAGUUUUCAAAAUGUACCACAUACUUGUGAAAAUUGAGUGAUAAAAAAACAGUGUAGCUAAUAUGAAAUAUUGCAUAGUUUAAACUUGGUGUUGAUGUAUUAUUUCGACUACUAUGUUGUCUUGGAUUUGUUUGUUUUGUAAAGAAUAAAUAUAGAUUUUCAGGUGGAAAACUGUUCCCAAUUAA